AUGCUCCAAAUUAUGGUGACCAAGAUCAUUACAAUUCACGCAUUUUUCCUGUUGCUGUGCUGGAUGUCGGUGAAGUCUCAGAACAGAUGCCAGUUGACAAACGUUACAAUAGCAGUGGAAAAAGAGGAGUGUGGAUACUGCAGCACAGUUAACAUAACUUGGUGCUCUGGUUACUGUUUUACCAAGGAUCCAGUCUGCAAGCACUCUUUGCUUUUUGUCUAUCAAGAAAUUUGCAGUUAUAAAGAAAUUGUCUAUGAAACCAUAACCAUUCCAAACUGCCCUCCCAAUGUCGACCCUUAUUUUACAUAUCCCGUUGCGAUCAGCUGUCAAUGUGGAAUGUGCAACACUGAAACCACUGACUGUACAGUUUCAGCUCUGGAACCAGCGCACUGUUCCUUAACGCAGCAAAGGGAAAGGACAAUAACGAUGCAUACCUCACUUCCAACCCGUCCAGUGGGCCCAAUGAAAAGAACAUGUGAUUCACGCACCUGA